GCCGGGCCUGCCAGCGGUGUCGCAAAGCGGGAGCGACGGUCGGGUUUCGCCGCCUGGCGUUGCGAUGGCGACUUCGGCGCUGUGCGGGGGGACAAUGAGCAGGGUGAGCUCGGUCCUCAAUCGAGAUGUGAAGCAGUUUGGGAAGAAGUUUCUCUUUGACCGUAAUGAGGAGACCUGCUGGAACUCGGACCAGGGCUCCUGCCAGUGGGUGCUGCUCGAAUUCCCUCAGCCCGUCAAAGUAACCGAACUCCACAUCCAGUUCCAGGGCGGCUUCGCUGGAAGAUUGUGCAGACUCGAAGGAAAUGAGAAUGGAGGUGAUCUGGCAAAGAUAACUGAAAUCUACCCUGAGGACACCAACCGACUACAGUGCUUCACCAUCACUGAAGAGCCAAGAGUUGCAAAACUGAAGCUCGUCUUUGAGAACAGCUCAGACUUCUUUGGCCGGAUUGUUAUUUACCACCUCGAUGUCCUUGGUGAAAAAUUGCUUUAAGACCCCAAGCAGACUGUUCUGAACAUUCCACCUGAACACGCAGACAGGACCUUGGUUUAAUGUCUCAUCUAAAGGAUGGCACCUUUGCCAGUGGAGCAUUGGACUGGAGUGCAGUUAAGCUCUUUGAUGCUGUGAGCAAAGGGUACAACAUGGUUGAAUCCACGAUGCACAAAAUCUCCAGCGAUUGAAUCACUGGCAGUAAAUUUCAUGUCAUUAAAUGCAUUGCCAGACUAUUGCAAA